CUUGAGUACUGUACGGCUUUCGUUCCGACGGAAGUUCACUUUCAAGAACCCUAACCCUCAGCUCUUACAACUUGAUUUUCUGCUGUUGUAGUAAUCAUCAAAAGGCGCGCUCGUCUCACCGGCUUCUCCUCAUAGUUUGCUGAGGUGCUCCUAGAAACGAGGCGCAGCUCUAUGCAUCUCUUCAAGAUUGAGGCGCCAUCCAAAAGAAAACAAUACCUGAGCACUGGGGAUCCCUUCCCCGAACCUCCCCUGACCCUUGAGCUUUGGGAAAGCCUUCUGCAGAAGAAGCAAGGGAAUUGCUGCUUACAAAUACAACCCUUCCCCAUUCCUCACAAUGCAUAGUGCCUCGUGCACUGGGGAUACCCUUUUAGUCAGAAAAUAAUAUCUGAGUUGUAUGUUCACCGUGAUUUCUAGCAUUAAUUUGUUGUUGAAACAUGCAGUAACAUUUGCUACGUGCUCUUUCGGAGAGUAUACGAAUUCAAACUGUAAAACACUAUAACUCACCAAUUCAUGGCGGACUUGGAAAAGUUGCUUCUGGAAGCAGCUGGAAGACCCAGUACAGCAGGGAGGAAUCGGCAUUCACCUCCAGCAUCUAGAAGGCAUCAUGAUGGUUCAUAUUCUGAUGGUGGAAGUGACUCAAAGAAUGAUGACUCAGACGAUGAUCGUGGUUAUGCAAGCAGGAAGCCUUCUGUAUCUCAAGUUCCUCUGAAGAAGAGGCUAGAUCCUGCAGAAAGAGAUGAUGAUCAGAGCAGCCAGGAAGAAGGGGAUGAUGUUGUUUAUGCUCAUGAUGCUGAUAGUGGUGAUGACUCCAUUGGGAGUGAUCUUUACAAGGAUGAAGCAGACAGGCAAAAGCUUGCAGAGAUGACAGAACUUGAGAGAGAGUUCAUAUUGUCAGAGCGUGCAUUUAAAAAAGAUGAUAAAGAAUUGCGUGAGAAAAUGAGAUCAAAACGGAAUGACAAGAUGCCCCAGCCAAGAAAAGAGAGAGUAAGUCCACGUCGGACAUCCUCUCGUGGCAUGCGCUCUUCUGCCAGAUCGGCUGACAGAGCAGCUGCCAAGGAUGAUGCAUUGAACGAGUUGCGAGCAAAACGACUGAAGUAUCAGGAUCCUGAAGCUCAUCAGAAACUAAGGGAUGCGGCAACUAGGGGAGGUUCAGGGAGCAGAGGAUUUUCACCAGUUAAGGGGAGGUUCAGAUCAGCAAGUACAAGUAGCUCCAGUCGGAGUGAAAGUGGGUCCAGUAGUGAAGAUGAAGAGUCAAUGGGGAAUGAAGGGAUGGCUGACAGUGAUGAAGACAAGACUUUGACAAAAGUGCCAACAUUUGAAGAUGUAAAGGAGAUUACUAUUCGAAGGUCAAAAUUGGCUAAAUGGUUUAUGGAACCUUUCUUUGACGAAUUGAUUGUUGGGUGUUUUGUGAGAGUUGGAAUUGGGAAAUCUAGAUCUGGGCCAAUUUACAGGCUUUGCAUUGUCCGGAAUGUUGAUGCCUCGGAACCUGAUCGGCCGUACAAGCUGGAGAACAAAACCACAUACAAGUAUCUAAAUGUUGUCUGGGGCAAUGAGAGUUCUUCUGCCAGGUGGCAGAUGGCUAUGGUUUCAGACUCCCCUCCUCUCAAGGAGGAGUUUGACCAGUGGGUUAGGGAGGUGGAGCGUAGUGGUGGCCGGAUGCCAAGCAAACGGGAUGUACUGGAUAAGAAGGAGGCCAUACAAAACACCAACAUGUUUGUAUACUCUGCUGCCACUGUAAAGCAAAUGUUGCAGGAGAAAAAAUCUGCCACCCGGAGGCCACUAAAUGUUGCAGCUGAGAAGGAUCGGCUGAGGAGGGAGAUGGAAGUGGCCAAAAGUAAGAAUGACGAGGCAGAGGUGCUGAGAAUUGAGGUGAGACUGAAGGAACUGGACGCAACCAGGCAAGCUCAGGAGAAAGAUAACAAGGCUAUAAGGUUGGCAGAAAUGAACAGAAAAAAUAGGGUUGAGAAUUUCAAAAAUGCAUCUGAACUAAAGCCUGUGAAUACAAGUUUGAAAGCUGGCGAGGCUGGGUAUGAUCCCUUUUCAAGGCGAUGGACUAGGUCAAGGAAUUACUACGUCUCAAAGCCCAGUGAAGGAAAUGAGGCUGCAGAAUCUGCAGCUAAUGGUGAUACUAGUUCAAUGGCAGGUAGAGAGAGUAAUGGAGCGAAUGGUGUGUUAACAGUAGAGGCUGGCAUUGCAGCUACAGCAGCAGCCCUGGAAGCUGCAGCUGAUGCAGGGAAGUUAGUGGACACAAGUGCACCUGUGGAUCAAGGAACAGAGUCAAAUACAAUGCAUGAUUUUGAGCUGCCAAUCUCUUUGGCUACUCUUCAGAAGUUAGGUGGGCCCCAUGGAGUCCAGGCAGGAUUCAUGGCUAGAAAGCAGAGGAUAGAAGCAACAGUUGGUUAUCGUGUCCCAGAUAAUGAUGGAAGGAGGCAUGCACUGACUCUUACAGUUGGUGACUACAAGAGGCGCAGAGGUUUGCUCUAAAUCUGUGUGCUGGCUCAGUGUUGCAUGUUAUAAGGUAAAAAGUUAUACUUUCUGUUGCCAUGUCAUGUUCAUAGGAAAUGGCAGUAACUAAGAGUAGGGUUCUUCUUGGGAUCUUGUAUCAUCUAUGUUAGAUUAUCCUUUGACCAUUGUCAAGCUCCUGUUAAGUUGGUUGGAAGGUACAUGCAUGUUAGAAUUUGUAUGGAUGCCAGUCUCGUUAUCUUGCUAGUCCUCUUUAAUGUUGUUUACUUGUUUUUGAGAAAAUUGCAUGCUAAUUUCAGGGAAUGUUGGUCUUAGCACCAAUUUAUCAGAUAUGAUUUCCCUUGA